AGCUCAAAAUGAAGAAUAUAAUGAGGAAAACGAUGAGUGUGGAUACAACGAUGAAGGGCAAUUUGAUGAGGGACAAUAUUAUGAGAAUACAAGUGAUGAAGUCUAUCGACCUGCCCCCAACGCAGAUGAUCAUUUUCAUCAAACCGAAGACUAUCCUUUUGAUGAAGAUGAUGGAUCAUCAAUUUAUGAGUCUCCGCCACCACCGACCUAUGAAGUUUAUUUGUGUUUUGAUAAUAUUGACAAUGUGGUGGCUAAAGGUGUACUCAUUGUACCAAACAUGGGUAGCCAAAUUACCGUCCAUGGAAAUGUACUUGAUGAUUCAGUUGCGAGGGUUUGGCUUAUAGAUGUCUUACAAGAAGAAGCUGAGAUCCCUAUUCCCUUUGGUAACGUACGAUAUGUUGGGGACGCACGAGACACAUUCUUGCCUUGGCCUGAAAAUUUAAUUGUGGCUUGUCAGGGUCCAUCUUCAUCUAAUCACAAAUCCCUAUCUCGAAGCCCACAUUUAUCAUCAGUUGGAUCUCACGUAGUCAUCCCCGCUGAAAUAACUCAACCAGAACCUUCAAAUUGGUUAACAGAUAACCAAUGGGACAAAAUUGAUAUGAGUCUAAAAUUCAUAGUGAAGGAGUAUUAUUCCAAUAAAGGAAUAGAUGGGGUUGUACAAGUUCCCGUUGACCCGGAGUUUAUAGGAGAACGCGAGGCUAUCUUCAUCACUUCGGAAGACGUUUAUCAAGCAGCCUCCAUGGAUAAUAUUGGAUCCUCAGCUAUGCUGUUUGGUAUGAGAUGCAUUUGGGAAAGCAUGCACCCAAAUUCACGACAAUUAUAUAAAUUUUUUGACACCGAACAUCUUUCUAUUGGCAAUGAUGAAAGUAAAAACUAUACGGUGGAUCUUAUAGCCAAAUGGAUGAUGACUAUGGAUAGACGAGGCCAAAUAUAUUUCAUUCCUUGGAUUGUUGAUCGACAUUGGAUGUUGGUGCUCGUGAUGAUGCGGGGGAUGACCAUAAUUUUGGACCCUUUAAAAAAUCAUAAAUCUCCACCAAUAAUUACGGAGGUUAUGGAAAAAGCAUACGCACAAUGUUUGGAAAAUGAAUACAUCGGCACAUUUACAAAAUUGGUGAGAGGUUCUUGUCCAAAACAACCUGAAAGUCAUGAAUGUGGUUAUUAUGUACUAAGAUACAUUUAUGAUCUUGUAAAUGCACCGAAUCCAGCAGAAGUUAUCAAGAAGAAAUGGUUUGACAAAAAGCAAUUCAAUGUCAAAGAGGAUCUACUACCACUACAAAGUGAUUGGUUAGCUAGAUUAAUGCCAUUUGUUUAUGAAAACUAAAUUUUUGUAUGUAUGUAAGAUUAAAGUGCUAACUUAUAUUGGUUAGAAUGAUUAAAGUCUUUAAUUCA